CUUAAGCAAGACCUCAAAAAAAAGAAAAAAAAGAGUAAUAAAAGAGUAGAAAAAUAAAUUCAAAGAAACAAUACAACAAGAUUCAAUUUUUUUUGAAACCCAAUACCCUCCAAAGUCCAAAUCCAACCAAAAUUCUCUCAAGAAAAUUCAAAACCCAUCUCUCAAAUCCUUUAAUCUUCAAUACCCAUAUCAUAAAUAUUGUCAAAAUUGAAUCUUUUCUUCUUUUUCCACCAUUUUCCCACUGUUUUUAACUUCCUUUUGGUCAUAAUCAUGAUAGGUGUCUUGUUAGGACCAUUAAAAAUCUGUUCUUUUCCAUAUUGGUCCUUGUAAGAAGUCUUGACUUCAAAGUUUUCUGUAAAAUAUAUAGCUGAUUUGUUGUUAAAAAUUCCUUUCUUUUUUUUAUUUCUCUGUUUGUAUCUUCUUGUUUUUGUUUUUUUCAACUUAGGUGUUUUUUCAGUUCUUGAUUCUCUGUUUUAUCAGAUUACUGUAAAUUUGAGUUAUGGGGAUUCAGAAAGACAGAGUGAAAUUUAAUGUUGGUGGUAGAAUUUUCGAAACUACAGCAACAACCUUAGCUAAUGCUGGUCGGAAUUCUCUAUUUGGAGCUAUGUUUGAUGAUGAAUGGAACUUGAAUUCUGAUGCCACAAUCAUUGAACAUUUCAUUGAUAGGAACCCUAAUUGUUUCUCAGUCCUUCUUGAUUUGCUUAGAACAGGGGAGCUUUAUUUACCUCAAAAUCUUCCUGAAAAGUUGUUGUAUAGGGAGGCUUUGUUUUAUGGUCUUUUAGAUCAUGUCAGGUCAGCUAAAUGGGGUCCAUUUGAUGGAAACAGGCUCCGUCUGGCCCGUUCAGUAACAGGCCAGGCUCCUGGUGAUGGAACUGCCAUCCGGGCUGGCCCGGAUGGCGGGUGUUGUGUAGCUCAUGGUAGUAUGGUUCAUGUGUAUGAUUGGAUGAUGGAGGAGCAUCCUCCUAUUAAUCUUGAUUAUCAAAGGGUGAAUGAUGCUGGUUGGAUUGAUUCUGAGAAUAUUGUGUUGAGUGCUUGUGAAAGAUUAGGUAAAGGGGAUGGGGGAAUGGGGUUGUUUAGUGCAUCAACUGGGGAGCUAAGGUAUAAAUUUAAUGUCAAACAUGAAAAUCAAGUCAAGAGUUAUACUGCUGGCGCGCUUAGUUUUAGUUCAGAUUAUAAGUUGUUUUCAAGUUGUAAAGGUAGAAGUAAUGAGUAUGGUAUUGGUGUAUGGGAUCAAGUAACUGGGAAACAGAUUGAUUUUUUCUACGAACCGCCCGGUUGGUCACUUGGUGAUGCUGAUAAGUUACAAUGGCUACAUGGUACAAACUGUUUGUUAGUUGCUACUUUGUUUCCAAGGAAGGAUAAUUGUUACAUUAGUUUGUUGGAUUUUAGGGAUAAAAGUAUGGUUUGGUCAUGGUCUGAUAUUGGCACGCCUAUAACUGACGAGAGGAGAGUUAGGGACGCGAUAGCAAUGGAGGAAACGAGUUCAAUAUGUGUCGUGAACGAGUAUGAAGAUUUGGGGUUCAUGGAUUUGAGGAGGAAUGCUGGAAGUGUAAGGUGGAGUUCAAGAAGCAGGCUGAUGAAGGGGAAAAUGCCAGAUGAGCCAUGUUAUCCUAAACUGGCAUUGCACGAGGGGCAGUUGUUCUCAUCGAUGAACGACUGCAUCUCUGUGUUCUGUGGCCCUGAUUGGGUACUUACAUCAAGGCUUCGACGAAGCUAUGGUGGUUCCAUUUGUGAUUUCUCUAUUGGUGGUGACCGUCUUUUCGCUCUUCAUAGCGAGGAAAAUGUGUUUGAUAUAUGGGAGACAUCACCUCCACCAAUUAUAUGAUUUUUAUGUAGUUUAGAAGGGGUUUAAGUGAGUGAUUUUGUUAUCUUUUUCUUCAGAUUGUUAAAGAGUGACUAAUGUAGAUGUUUUUAGGACUAGAGAAACUGAAUAGAAUCAGUUUUUGUAAUACUUUGUAGAUUUGUGGAGUUUGAGUAUACAUAUGAAAAACUGACAUGUUAAAGUUAAAAGGAAAAUGAUUGCUUAGCAAUCAAUAUAUUUCAAAUUUUA